CCAAGCACAGCUCAUCUUACACACAGUGCCCUGCUGAUGAGGACAGCAAGGUGUGUCAUCAGUCUCGGGAUGUCAGGAGGUUUUAACCUGUUACAUUCCACAGGGUGUCCACUAACUGUUUAAUUCAGUAAUACAGAGCUGCUUUUCCUGGAUGGAGAGAUGGCAAGUGUAGAUAGGAAAGGAUCAUGACUCUGGGCAAGACCAAGCACUGAUGAACGAACACAAAGUGAGAAUUUAACUGACAGAUACUCUAUCCUGCACUGGGAGUGUAGAGGUCACAAGCAACAAGAUGGACAAGGUACCUGUCGUCUGUGACUACGGCUCAGGCUUUAGCAAGGUGGGAUUUUCCGGAAACGAGGGCCCCCUGGCUGUCUUCCCAACCAUCCUUGGGAAACUUCGACAUGAUACUCUGCUGGUGGGAAUGGAGGAGAAAGACUGGUUUUUGGGAAAUGAUGCCCAGAAAAAGAGAGAGAGACUCAUUUUGCAGUAUCCCAUCUCUCGGGGAGAUGUCACCAGCUGGGACAACCUGGAGAAGAUUUGGCAUCACUCCUUCUACCAGGUGCUCAACAUCCCCCCCGAAGAGUACCCUUUGAUGAUGACUGAGCCACCUUUAAACUCAACAUCCACCAGAGAGAGAGUGUGCCAGAUCCUGUUUGAGACCUUCGGUGUACCUGCCCUGUCCUUAGUCAAUCAAGGAGUCCUCUCACUGUAUGCUUCUGGCCUGACUGAUGGAACAACUAUUGAAUCUGGAGAAGGAAUGACAUACUUUGUACCCAUCACUGAUGGCUAUCCUUUGAACCAGUCGACCUUCCAGCUGGAUGUAGCUGGCCAAGACCUGACCUUGUACCUCAUGGGACUAUUGACAGAGAAGGGCACCUUAUUAGUAAGCACAGCUGACCGAGAGUACAUCCGGGAUGUGAAAGAAAGAUGCUGCUAUGUGACACUUGACUUUGAUAAGCAGAAGGUGCAAGCUAACGAUCCACCUUCCUGCCCAAAGGAGUUGCAGCUCCCUGAUGGCCAGAAGAUCAGCCUUGGGGAGGGGGCUUUUACCUGUCCAGAGGCACUCUUCCAGACUAACCUCAUAGGGAGAAGCACCAUGGGCAUCCACAUGAUGGCCAUGCAAUGCAUCACUUCCUGCAACCCUGCCCUCUGGAAGAUGCUCUUCAGCCACAUCAUCCUGUCCGGAGGCACUGGCUCCUUCUCUGGCUUGCGAUUACGAUUGCAGAGAGAACUAAUUGGAUUGGUCUCCCCUACCAUCGAAGUGAAGGUGGCCACCUCUCCCUAUGCCAAAUAUGGUGCCUGGGUGGGUGGCUCCAUCUUGUCCUCUCUGUCAACUUUCAAGGACAUGUGGGUCACCAGCAGUGAGUACAAGGAUGUUGGCUGCUCCAUCAUCAGUAGAAGAAGCUUCUAAACUGGGGCUCUCUGGGUCUGACCACCUUUGCCAUCACCAAAUCCAGACCAAGCUUCAUGUGAAUCGAUCAAUGAUCAGGAUUAAUCACUUGCAAGGU